UACAAUCAUUAUGUCACUCACAGCCGCCACACCUCCACUCCACACCACUCACCUCCUCCGCCGCACCACCCUCAACCGCCUAUUCGCCGCCAUCUACGCCACCGGAAUCGUUACCUUAAUUCACCACCACUUCCAAAACCUCCUUCAUGCCACCACAUUCUCCUCCGCCGCCACCACGACCACUUUCUUGAUCGCCGACCUUGUCCUAACCUUCAUGUGGACCACCACCACAUCUUUCCGACUAUACCCCACCGACCGGAAAGUCUUCCCGGAAAACCUCGAAAAGGUAUUACCGAAAAAAGAUUUUCCGGCGUUGGACAUAUUUAUUUGCACGGCGGAUCCGUACAAAGAACCACCCAUGAAUGUGGUCAACACGGCGUUGUCAUUGAUGGCUUAUGACUAUCCACCGGAAAAGAUUUCGGUAUAUGUUUCCGACGACGGUGGUUCUGAGUUAACUCUUUUUGCUUUUUUUGAAGCUGCAAAGUUCGCAAAAAUAUGGAUUCCAUUUUGUAGGGAGAAUAAUAUUGUUGAUAGAUGCCCGGAAGCUUUUUUCCGAUCAAAUGAGAUGACAUUUUCCGAUGGUCCUAAGAUUAAGGCAAUGUAUGAGAAAAUGAAACUAAAGGUUGAAAGUGUAGUCGACAGAGGAAGCAUAAGCGCGGAGUAUAUUGCCAAUGAAUAUGUACGCAAAGCUUUCGACAAAUGGGAUAAAGAUUUUAACCGUUAUGAUCAUCCCGCUGUUAUUCAGGUUUUGUUAGAGAGUGGGCAAGAACAAGACAUAAAAGGAUCUCCAAUGCCAAAUCUUAUAUAUGUUUCAAGAGAGAAAAAUAGGGUCUUUCCACACAAUUUUAAGGCUGGUGCACUUAACACGUUGCUUAGGGUAUCGGCUGUAAUGACUAAUGCACCAAUAGUCUUAACUCAAGAUUGUGACAUGUACUCAAAUGAUCCAAAGACCCCUCAACAGAUGUUAUGCUUUUAUGCAGAUCAAUCAAUCCGUCAUAACUUAGGAUACGUUCAAUUCCCACAAAGGUUUCAAGGGAUAAAUAGUGCGGACAUCUAUGCUAGCGAGUAUAAACGUCUCUAUGUGAUAAAUCCUGGGGGGAUGGAUGGUCUUAAAGGACCGUGUUAUGUUGGCAGUGGCUGUUUUUUUAUUCGCCGGGUCUUUUUUGGCAGGCCAUCAUCCCCUGAGUUGCCAGAGGUUCGUCAACACUGGCCUGAUAAUGUAGUCGAAAAGCCCAUUACAGACCAACAAGUUCUAGAAAUGGCCCAUGAAGUUGCAGGUUCAAAUUACGAACAAAAUACUACUUGGGGCUCUACGAUGGGCUUUAGAUAUGGGUCGUUAUCUGAAGAUUUCUUUACAGGCCUUCAUCAACAUUGUAGGGGAUGGAAAUCAUUAUUCUUCAAUCCCAUAAGACCCGCAUUUUUGGGCGACCUACCAAUCUCCUUAUUUGACGCGCUAAACCAAAAUAGAAGGUGGUGCAUUGGGCUUCUAGAGGUUGUAUUUUCAGAGUACAACCCGUUAACAUAUGGAAGUCGCUUCAUGGGCCCUCUCAUGGGCCUUGCUUAUGCCCACAAUGCGUUUUGGCCCAUUUGGUCAAUCCCAAUCAUCAUAUACUCUUUGGUCCCUCAGCUAGCUCUUCUCAACGGUGUCUCCAUCUUCCCAGAGGUCACAAGUAUGUGGUUUCUUUUGUACAUUUUUCUCUUUUUUGGGGCCAAUGUACAAGAUUGUCUUGAUUACAUGUUGGCCCGGGGUACAUUCCAACAAUGGUGGAAUGAUCAACGAAUGUGGUUCAUCCGGGGUCUCUCAUCAUAUUUAUUCGGGUUCAUAGAAUUUUCCAUCAAACACUUAGGAAUCGCCUCAAAAGGGUUCCAUGUGACUAGCAAAGUGGUAGACAAUGAACUAAGCAAACGAUAUGACAAUGGAGUGUUUGAGUUUGGUGUCCCAUCACCAAUGUUUGUACCAUUAGGGACAGUUGCGAUUAUUAAUUUUCUCGCAUUUGCUUCAGGAAUCUUAAGAAUAUUAAUGGGGGAAAGUACAGAUGGGCUUUUUGGGCAAAUGUUUUUAUCUUUCUUUGGGGUAGUGAAUUCUUGGCCCAUUUAUGAAGCCAUGGUAUGGAGGAAUGAUAAAGGGAAAAUGCCUCAAGUUAUAACUGCAAUUUCAUCAUUGAUAGGAGUCACUUGUUGUAUGCUCGUUUGGCUUGUAUCAAAUGCGUAAAACACGCAUUGGAAAUUUGUGUUUUCAAAGUUUCAAAACGAUCAAACCAUGUACUUUUAUACAUUAAAACGUUCUCCCACUUGCUGGUAAUACAUAUAGUGUGAUUAUAGUA